UCAAAAACGUAGUUGAAAUAGGUCGUACUGCCAAAGUAACCAUUGACCAUUGUAUUAUCCUAUCAUUUUACAACACUCAUAUUGUAAGAUGCAUUACAACAUAAAACGAUAGUAGACAACAAACACAUAAGCAACAGAAAUUCCUGAGCAUAAAUUAAUAAAGAUAUGGAAAAUAUUUUAAUGUUCAAAUCAGAUACAAUGAUGCAAACAAAAACCAUACGCAAUAGAUCAGCUCCCAUAAGGAAGUGGCAAAAGUACGAAGAAAGGACUUUGGUUGAUUUCUUAUUGAAUAACACAAAGGAUUUCGAGAAACCCACAGCCCAGACUUACUAUCGGAAAUUUAUGGCCCAAAGUAAAAUGGAAAACAUUGAAUGGAAACUAAUACGAGCAAAAGUGCGAAAUAUGCGAAUGGUAUAUGCCAAGGCUAAACGAUGGAAGGACUCCGCAGAAGCCAGCAGGAUGAGUGAAGCAAGCGUUAAAGAAAACCUUUUAAAAAUGUUUUACUUUUUCGAAGAAUUUGAGGAACUUUUUGAUGGUACAAAUAAAAGUGAGUCCUCCCUUACGGCCGAUGAUUCGGUCAACAGUGAUUACGUGAAAGAAGAAAUUUCCAUUGACAAUUAUCAUUGUGACGAUGAUGAUUAUGCCAAUGAGAACAAUAUAAUGCCUGAAGUUGAAAUGACAGCCUAUGAAGAAGAUUCCAAUCCUAUAGAUCCUGUAUGUAACGAAAAUCAUAUCAAACCAUCUGAAAUCGCAAGAUAUUCAUUUAAGGCUCACAAUGAGGAUGACAAAAGCACUAUGAUGAAAUUACAGCUGGACUAUUCCAAUGGACUUCGAGAAAAAGAGCUAAAGUUACAACGUGAUCGACUUGAAUUUGAAAGAGAAAAACUCAAACAGGAGAUGUUGAUACGACAAAAAGAAAUCGAAAGCCAAGAACGUUUGAAAAUUUUAGAAUUAGAAAUGAAAGAGCGAAUUGCAGUGUGUGAUGUAAAAAUGAGAGAGAACGUAGCCCUAAAGGCUCUGGAUAGACGAUUUGAUUGCAAUGAGUUAUAAGUAGUAUAAAUAUUAGUCUAUUAUAAUUGCUAAUAUAUGUAUAUUAGCAAUGAAAAAAAUGCUGGAUAAAAACAUAUGUUUUGUCGGUAAUGGAACUGCAAUACGCAGAUGAGAAGAAAGAAAUCUUAAAGAAGAGUUCCAAGAAUUUCAUGUUUUCCCAUCCUACAAAAAGAUCUCUCUAAAAUUGACCAUAAGAAGACUGUUGGUAAAAAUAUCAUAAGGUCUUCUAAAGACUAAAUAUUCUCGAAAUUUACAGAAAACCCUUUGGAGGAGUUUUCGAUUUGUAAAGUAUUGCAUUUUUAUAAUUUAUUUAAAUUUUAAUUAUCAAAAAUUAAGGAAUUACAUUUGAAUGUCUUCUAUAGAAGUUUUUUUCGUCUAUAAAACACCCUUAGUAGAUGGACAGUUCUUGAGAUCAUUGGAUGCUGAUUUAUUUUAUGGGAAUCUUUGGAGGGCAUUUUAUGUCAAGAUGAGUCUUACAAUACCAUGCACUGUUUUGAUUACUAUUUAUUGUUUUUUUUUUAUGUUAAAGAUGAAACCGGUAACUGACGAAGAAUAUUUAAAGCGUCCCUUGUAUAUUAUUUUUUGUAAAGAAGAACUUUUUCAAUGCUUGUCCAUAGAAAAGAUUUAAAAAGAGGGGCACGAGUCUUGUCUUUCAACUUUUAAAAUAUAAACAUGCAAUUUAAUUAUAUAAACAAGUAAAAAAGCAGCUAAGUUCGGUCGGACCGACCUUUUAAUACACUCCACCAUUUGGAAGAAACUUGAAAAACUUCGAAAAACUUCCGGAAACUACCACUUAUAUGAAAACUGUUAUAUGGAGACUAUACGAAGAUGUGGACCAGCUUAAAAUUUUUUGUCAUAUGCUGUAGCACCCAUUACGAACUUCAAAUACGAAAUUUGAAAUAAUUCCGGUAAAUAAUAUCGCUAAAAUCAUGAAAAUACCGAAUAUCGGAAGGUACCGUUAUAUAGAAGCCGUAAGAAGACGUGAACCUGCAUACGAAAUUAUUUUCCAUAGGUUGUAGUUACCAUUAAGAUUUCCCAAUACGAAUUUUGAAACGAUUCCGGUGAUUAAUGUUGCUGAAAUCAUCAAAAUAACGAAUAUGGGAGCUACCGUUACAUGGGGGCUAUACGAAGACGUGGACCUGCAUACAAAAAUAUUUGUCAUAGACUGUAGUACCCAUUACGAACUUUAAAUAUGGGAUUUUAAAUAAUUCCGGUAAAUACUGUCGCUAAAAUCAUGAAAAUACCGAAUAUCUGGAGGUACCGUUAUUUGGGGGCUAUACGAAAACGUGGACCGACAUGGCCCAUUUACCAACUUAACCUGCCUACUGGUAAACUAUGCAUGUAUGCAAAAUUUUAGCCUUCUCUAUUCGUUCGAAAGAUAGCGUGAUUACAACAGACAGACGGACAUCGGACAUCUUAGAAUUUUACGCUGAUUCAGAAUUUAUAUACUUUGUAGGGUCUAUUAUAAAUAUUUCGAGGAGUUACAAAAGGAAUGACAAAGUUAAUUUACUCUCCAUAGAAUGGUGGAGGAUAUAAAAAUGUAUUUCUAUAGAAUAUGAAAAUUAACUUAAGAUACAAUAAAUACUAAACAUAUUAUAUUAAAAUUGUUAAAUGAAAGACAUUUGUACACAGAUUCUUUUAAGCAUAAAUAAAUUCAUUUAUUUUAUCUCAUAACUUUAUUGCCCUUAAAAAGUUUUAUUACAAAAAAUUUAGAUAUAUAUUUAAAUAUGUUAUCUUAAGUUAAUUAUUGUUUUUGAACUAUAAAAUAUAAUUGUUGUUCUUUUAUAACAGUUAUACUGUUGAUUUUGACAUAUCAAAAAAUAUGGUAUUAUUGGUAGUAUAGUUAUAAUGCCUGAUUUAAAUAUUUAACGGUAGUCGUAAUGCUACACUUGAAGUCGAAUAUUUAAUUGAAAUUUCAAAUGAACUUUUGAGAAUAGUUGAGUCAAAUCAUUGAUUAAGUUUCUCUUCCAUGCAAUGAAAUAUUAAUUAGAAAAAUAUCGCAUUUUCCGUGUGCAAACAUUGAGGUGAAAUCUUUUCAGGUUUUAGUAAGAUGUGUUUAUAAUUAUUAUUAUUAUUAUAUUAUUAUAAAGCAUUGUGAUAAUAAUUCCUUGUUUAGUUUUCAGUCAAAUAGAUUAUUAGUAUGACCUGA